AUGGUCCCACUGAACCACCCCGGCGUCGCCGCCGAGGUGCGGCUGGUGCUGCAGGGCGCCACCGACGCCGGCCGCGAGUCCGUCCGCCGCGAGCUCUGCCAGUUAGUUGACUAUGGUCACGAUGGAUGUCUUUUGCUGCUCCAAGUCUGUUUGGAUGAAGUGCUGCUGAAUGACAGGGAGGCCAAAAACUUGCAGUUGAAGCAUGAUCUUCUAUCCGCCACUUUCAGAUAUUGUCUGGAUAAAACGUUUUUUAGCACUUGUUUCUGUGAGGCACUGAUGCAGAUAAAAACUGGUACCGAUGGCCUCCUUGAGACUCUGUCGAGUGCACUGGAACUCUCAGUGGCCGAGAAAGUCGGUAUUGGUCUUGCGCUGUCAGAUUCUGAUAAUUCAGGCAUGAAGCUGAAAGGGCAACAAUUUGCAAUUGCUCAAAUUGAGAAGUUGUGUUUGAAUCCUAAUCAAUCGGUACCAAAUGAUCAAAUUCAUGAAAUCGUUGUCUUCCUUCACCAGACCGAUGGCCUGACAAAGCAUAUGGAUACUUUUAGUAACAUUGCUUCUCUUCUAGAAGUUGGACAGAGUCCUUUUUUUGCUCCCAUCCCCAAAGAUCAGCAUGAUGUUCAGUCAAUAAAUCAUUCAAGACAUUUGGAGAUGUACUUGGAUAGCACAAAUGAUGACUUUGAGUCACUUCUUUCUGAAAUUGGGAAAGAAAUAAGUAUGGCGGACAUAGUAACUGAGUUGGGUUAUGGAUGCACUGUUGACAGCACACAGUGUAAGGAAAUACUUUCCACUUUUCAGCCUCUUGAUGAUGUGGCAAUAUCUAAGUUGCUCGGGGCAGUUAUUGGCACUCAAAAUAGUCUUGCAGAGGCCCAUAACACUUAUGCAACCUUCGUAUCUGCUAUUCGAAAUACCCACUUGAGUGAGUCGCCUCAAUUGACUACAUGGAACACAGAUGUUCUUGUGGAUUCAAUCAACGAAUUGGCCCCAAGUACUAAUUGGGUGCAUGUUAUGGAAAGCCUUGAUCAUGAGGGUUUCAGUAUUCCUGAUGAAGCAGCUUUCUGUUUACUGAUGAAUAUAUAUGGCCGCGCUUGCAAGGAUCCCUUUCCGCUUCAUGCUGUUUGUGGGUCAAUGUGGACAAAUACAGAAGGCCAGAUAUCAUUUUUAAAGCAUGCAAUUUCUGCCCCUGCUACUAUUUUUACAUUUGCACAUAGUUCGAGGCUGCUGGCACUUCCGGACUUUGCAAGUCUUGGUCCAGGUAAUCAUGCUUGGUUUUGCCUUGACCUUCUAGAGGUUUUGUGCCAGCUUGCUGAAGUUGGACACACUGUGUCGGUGCGGUCCAUGCUCGAUUAUCCUUUGGGACAUUGCCCUGAACUCCUACUUGUUGGUCUUGGACACAUCAACACUGCAUAUAAUCUCCUCCAAUUUGAAGUGCUGUCCUGUGCAUUUCCUGCUAUUCUGAAGGACACCACAAAGAGAAAUGUGGUGAAAUAUCUCUGGCAUAUUAACCCAUGCCUCACCCUUCGAGGAUUUGUUGAUGCUCAUUCUGAUCCAAGUUGUCUCCUGAGAAUUGUGGAUGUGUGUCACGACCUGAAGAUCCUAUCUGCUGUCCUCGAGUCCACUCCAUUCACAUUUAGCAUUAGAUUGGUGGCUGCUGCUUGUAGGAAAGAUCAUAGCCAUCUUGAGAAAUGGCUCACUGAGAAGUUAACUGUAUACAAGGACGGUUUUGUCGAGGACUGCGUUAAUUUCCUGAAAGAAGCUAUGAAUGCCGCAUCUUAUGCAGUAGAGGGUACCGCGGAACAACCUCAAUUUAGUGUUGUGGACACGUAUUGGGAAGCUUGUCCUCCCUUUAUAAAGGUUCUCCAGUCUCACUUGGGACAGCUCUUAUCCAACCAACUCUCGGAUGAACUAAGGGAGUUGUGUGCUCUGUAUGAAUCGAGAAAUCAGGGUCCUGUAGCAAGGGACAUACCUACCUCGGAGGGAGGUUCAGAUGAUGUUGAAGUAGAAGCAAAUGCGUAUUUUCACCAGAUGUUUUCUGGACAGAUAAACAUUGAUGUGAUGAUACAAAUGCUCACUCGCUUCAAAGAAUCUCCAGAUAAGAGGGAGCAAUCAAUUUUUAAUUGUAUGAUCUCAAAUCUGUUUGAGGAAUACAAGUUCUUUACGAAGUAUCCGGAUAAGCAGCUUAAACUAGCUGCUGUGCUAUUUGGAUCCCUUAUCAAACAUGAACUUGUGGCCCACCUCGGACUUGGGAUUGCUCUACGCGCUGUUCUUGAUGCCUUACGCAAGUCUGUUGAUUCAAAGAUGUUUAUGUUUGGUACGACAGCAUUGGAACAAUUCAUGGAUCGUGUAAUAGAGUGGCCACAGUACUGCAAUCACAUAUUGCAGAUUUCACAUCUUCGAGCUACUCAUGCUGAAAUGGUCUCUGCAAUUGAGCGAGCACUUGCCCGAAUUUCAUCAAGUCAAAAUGAGCCCAACGCUGGCAACUUGCUUUCUACGGAGCAGCUUGUUUCUGGAUCGUCAUCUAUUGAAGCCAUGGAGGCAUCUGAACCAUCAUGGCAGUUAAUGGGUACAUCUCCAACUCAGCUAGGAAGGACACCUUACCCGUUGCAGCAAAGGCAACCAAGUGUCCUUGGAGACAGGUCCAAGAUCUCCAUCGGCACCUCUCAGAAUAAGAGCAUUUUACCUAGUCAGCCUUCGGUUCCUUCAGCAUCUGCUGAUUCAGCCUUUAAUUUAAAGACUACUGUUCCACCUUCAUUAGCUCACUCUACGAGCAUGUCAAAUAGUGCUCAUUCCACUAGUUUUCUGCGCCCCCGGAAUACCUCGACAGUUUUGCCCUGGCAACAUUCCUACACUACGGGAUUUGGAAAUGCUUUAAAUAUUGAGACACUUGUAGCAGCAGCGGAGCAAAGAGAUAAUCCAAUUGAGACUCCCCCAUCUGAAGUUCAGGACAAGAUCUUGUUUAUGAUUAACAAUAUAUCCACCUCUAAUAUGGAAGCCAAGGCGAAAGAAUUUAAUGAAGUGCUUCAGGAACAAUAUUAUCCUUGGUUUGCACAGUACAUGGUCAUGAAAAGGGCAAGCAUCGAGCCAAAUUUUCAUGAUUUAUACCUGAAAUUCUUUGACAAACUUAACUCAAGAUCCUUGAGUAAGGAGAUGCUGAAAGCUACAUAUGAGAACUGCAAGGUUUUGUUAAGAUCAGAUCUUAUCAAAUCUAGUUCCGAGGAACGUUCCUUGCUAAAAAAUUUGGGCAGUUGGUUGGGAAAAUUUACCAUUGGAAGAAACCAGACAUUAAGAGCCAAGGAAAUUGACCCGAAAUCUCUUAUUGUGGAGGCUUAUGAGAGAGGACUUAUGAUUGCUGUAAUUCCAUUCACUUCAAAGAUUCUCGAACCUUGCCAUUCAAGUAUAGCAUAUCGUCCUCCAAAUCCGUGGACAAUGGGAAUUCUUAGUCUACUUUCUGAGAUCUAUAAUCUACCAAACCUGAAGAUGAAUCUAAAAUUUGACAUUGAGGUCCUGUUUAAGAACCUCAGUGUGGACAUGAAAGAUGUGAAACCGACUUCCCUUCUUAAAGAUCGAGGACGUGAAGUUGAGGGAAACCCAGAUUUUUCAAACAAAGAUGUUGCUUCGUCCCAAACCCCAGUGGCUGCAGAAGUCUCUUCAGGUGUCAACCCCCCAAUAAAACAUGUAGACCUGCAGCCUGAGGUCAAUAGCACUUCCCGUACCCUGAGCCUUCCAACUUUGGUCUCAUCUUCACAAACACCAUUAGUAUCACUAUCGCCAUCGCCACUCUCUCUAACUCAGCUUUUGUCGCUGAUUCCACAUGAUGAGAUACGCUUCAAAAUAAGCUCAAAACUUUUGCCUUUUGGCUCACAGUUGCAGUUCAGCAAAAUCAUGGGUGUGGCUUUGGAUAAGGCUAUCAAAGAGAUAAUACUCCCAGUCAUUGAAAGAAGUGUCUCAAUAGCAAGCAAAACUACAAAAGAAAUUAUUCUAAAGGAUUAUGCAACGGAAUCUGAUUACAGUGCCGCAAAUCGCUCGGCUCGUUUGAUGGUCGGAACAUUAGCUGGAAGUCUAGCCCAUGUUACUUGCAAGGAACCGCUUCGUGUUGCGCUACUGUCUCAUCUCCGAAGCCUUACUCAAAACCUUGCUAGCAACAGCGAAACUCUUGAGCAAGUAGUACAGGUUCUGAUCAACGACAAUUUGGAUCUUGGCUGUGCAAGUAUCGAGUCUGUAGCGGCGCGCAAGGCUGUUGAUUCGAUUGAGGGUGAAAUAACUCAAUCCUUUUCACAACAAAGGAAGAAAAGAGAGGCAGCUGGUCCUACAUAUUAUGACUCUUUUACUUAUGCUCAAGGUCCAUUUGCCCCUGUACCUGAAGUAUUCCAUACCAAGGCAGAGUCUCCUGCCCAACAACGAGUAUAUGAGGAGUUUGGUCAUGUAUGGCAGAGUCAUGGCCAAAGUGUUGGUGCUGCAGGUUCUGGUACAGCUGCUGUAUCGAGCAAUUUUGGUGUACCUCGAGCUUACAGCCCAAGUUUAGCACAAGCUUCCAGUGCUUUCUUGUCUGCUCAAACAGCUCCACUUACAUUAACUCAGCCUACAGAGCUGGUGUAUGAGGAAUUGAUUCCUGGCGCUGCACAACUUUCUAGUGAUUCUCCUGCUCAAGUUGGGAUCAGCGACUCUUCUGGCUGGCUUGGUGGAACCAUUGGUGAUGCAUCCACAUCUCCACCCUUGAUGUCUAAUGACUUACCUGCGGGUGGAAUAAUGGAUUUAAAUGUUAUGACGCCACCUCCAGCUACAUUUUCUGACAAUCUAGGAUCUGGUUUACCUGAUACUUUGAGCACUGGUGAUGCUAUGGAGAGAUACGAACAGGUUUCACAAAAGCUGGAAGUCUUGAUUGCGAAGGAUGGUAAAGAUGUGGAAAUCCAGUCUGUUGUAGCGGAAGUUCCUGAUAUCUUACUCAAAUGUGUUAACCGGGAUGAGGCUGCAUUAGCUGUUGCACAAAAGGUUUUCAAAAGUUUGUAUGACAACACAUCAAAUAGCGGUUUUGUCAUGUGGUCUCUAGCAACCUUAGUUGCGAUAAGAGAUGUAUGCAAGCUUGUUGUCAAGGAGCUAACAAAUUCCGUAAUCUAUUUGGACGAUGAGAAGAAGUUUAAUAGUGAAAUCAUUUUUGCCCUUAUUCGUUCUGAUUUGCUGGAUGUCAAAGAGUACAAUGUUCAUUUAGCAAAGCUAAUUGACGGUGGAAGAAACAAGAUUGCAACAGAAUUUGCCAUGUCACUUGUCCAGACAUUGAUUACUCAGGACUCUGCUAGUAUCUCAGAACUCCAGGAUGUUGUUGAUGUGCUAUCAAAGAUUUCAAGGAGGCCAGGUUCACCUGAGUUGAUGCAACAGGUGAAUGAGAUUGCAAGGAAUAAUGCUAACAAUGCUCCUGGUUUUGCUUUUGGGAAGGAUAAAAAGGUUCUACCUAACCGUGCAAACAAAGAGGAAAACAGUGUUAACGACGCCACUGUAGCUGAUUCUGUUGCUUUUCAAGACCAGGUUGCACACCUAUUUUCUGAGUGGUGCCAAAUAUGUGAUCAUCCAAAUGCUAGUGAUGCGGCCUAUAGUCGUUAUGUUAUGCAGUUGCAACAUAUUGGCCUGCUGAAGGGAGAUGAAUUCACUGAGCGUUUCUUCCGAAUUCUCACGGAACUUGCUGUUGCACACUCUCUAGUCUCUGAGCAAAUUAAUGCUCCUGGUGGAUUGUCUCAGCAGUCAUCACAUAUAUCAUAUUUCCCCAUUGAUUCAUAUUCGAAGCUUGUGUCUGUGGUGAUAAAGAAUUGUUCAGUGGAAAUAGGACCAAAUAAAGGCAGCCUUCUUCCCAAGAUAUUGUCAGUGACAAUUAGGGUCAUUCAGAAAGAUGCUGAAGAGAAGAAAGCUUCAUUUAACCCCCGACCAUACUUUCGGCUGUUUAUCAAUUGGCUGAAUGACCUUAGUACUUCUGAACUCCAUCAUGAUGGAGCUAAUUUCCAGGUUUUGGCUGCAUUUGCAAAUGCAUUCCAUGUACUGCAACCCUCGAGAAUUCCUAGCAUGAGCUUUGCUUGGCUUGAGUUGGUGAGUCAUAGAACCUUCAUGGCAAGACUGCUGACGGGCAAUUCACAAAAAGGGUGGCCUUUUUUCCAACGGCUACUUAUUGAUCUGUUCAAAUUCAUGGAACCGUAUUUGAGAACUGCCGACCUUUUAGAACCAGUGCACCUUAUGUACAAAGGAACUAUGAGAGUGCUGCUUGUACUACUCCAUGACUUUCCUGAAUUUCUGUGUGAUUAUCACUUCAGUUUUUGUGACGUGAUCCCUUCCAGUUGCAUUCAAAUGCGCAAUGUCAUUCUUAGUGCUUUUCCGCGCAACAUGAGACUUCCAGACCCAUCUACUCCUAACCUGAAGAUUGAUCUGCUAGCUGAAAUUUCAUUACCUCCACGAAUCAUGUCAGAUGUCGAUGGUGCCCUCAAGUCAAAGCAUAUGAAGGCUGAUGUCGAUGAGUAUCUUAAGAGACCAGAAGGCUCAUCCUUUUUGAAUGAUCUGAAGCAAAAAUUGGUGCUGCCUCAGAAUGAAGCUAAUGUUGCUGGGACACGCUACAAUGUGCCUCUGAUGAAUUCGCUUGUUCUCUACAUUGGCAUCCAAGCGGUGCAACAAUUGCAAGCGAACAAGGCAAAUGCAUCUGCGUCAGCACAGCAGAUUAACCAUAAUACAAUGGAUAUUUUUCAGAUCGAAACAGCGACUGAAUUUUUCAGAUAUCUUGUAACGAACUUGGAUACAGAGGGGCGCUACCUAUUUUUGAAUGCGAUUGCUAACCAACUGCGCUACCCGAAUAGCCACACACACUACUUCUCCUUCAUCAUUCUGUAUCUAUUUGCUGAAGCUGCCCAGGAACAUAUCCAGGAGCAGGUAACCAGGGUUCUCUUAGAACGGCUGAUAGUGAACCGUCCUCACCCCUGGGGAUUACUCAUCACCUUCAUCGAGCUGAUAAAGAACCCACGCUACAACUUUUGGAACCGAGCCUUCACACACUGCGCACCUGAGAUUAAGCAGCUGUUUGAGUCGGUCGCAAAGUCAUGCGGUGGAGGCGCUGGAAAGGCAGUGGAUGAUGGCUCUGAUGGCGGCCACUAA